AUGUACGAGGCCACAAAAAUCCACGCAGUUUACAUAGUUAAUAUCAAGCUGAAGUUUGACCAGAAUUUUUGCCGAGUGAUCAAUAUCUUGCUCGAUAUAAAAAGAAGACGGCAAAAGCUUAUCCAAUACCUGCAUGCAUUCACAGCCAUUAGACCAAUUUUGACCGCCUGUCCAGAAAGAUAUUGGUUCCGAAAGAACUCUAUCUACUAUAAUUUCAAACCGUCUCCUCACAAUCACUUCCUCGCCCUAUUUUGCAUUGCCCAGCUCCUAGAACAGCUUGGAUAUAAAUCCAUCAACUGCUUCUCUCUUCGCCGAUCCUGGUCACCAUGCUAUAUGCAAAUUGAUACUAGGAUUCUGUGCCAGCAGAUAUUGAGAACAACUGGGACAGCAAAAUUGGAUAAGCUAGAGUUGUGUGGAAGAGUGACUGAUGGUGUUGGAGUUUCCUUCCUUACGCAGACCCAAGGCACUACCAAAGGACCCACUUCCAGAAGAGCUUCUAUCAUUAAGACAGAAAACAUUUACUACGUUCAUAACUGUAAACGUGAACAGCAUGAAAGAAUCUGUGGACGUUGUGUUUUUAUUAAUCCUGGAAGAAGCGAUCUUCUAUACUGUAUACACGAGGAUUCUACGGCGUACCAAGUCUCGCCACAUCGCCAUUAUCUCAAAGCCCAAUGCCCAAAUGUCCGUGCUGCAGAGAAUCUCCUCUUCCAUACCUCGAGCCGAUCCAAUAACCUUACAAAUUCUGCUUACCAUACCUGGAUUAUAUCAUAA